AUGAGUGACACUGAACCGUUUAGUAGCGGCUCGUCAGAUAUUUACCAGCCGCCUGUCUACGAGUCAUGUUCAACCAGUUCAGAUGAUGAUGGAAGCGAUGUUGGUUUGUUGACAUUUCAAAACCAAACUAAUGAGGCGAACGAUAAAGAUACUUGCAAGAAGUGCGACAAGCUGAGUAACAAACUAAAAGAUAAGACAUUGGAUAGCGAUGAAACCCAACAAAUACAGAUAGAGAAGAGUCUUCAUCAAGCCAAGGCCGACACUUUUUUUGUUGAUUUAAAAGAGAAGAGUCAACUUGCUCUUAAUAAUGAAGAAUGCGAAGUAUUAACAUAUGAUUAUCAGCAGAAUAUGCCAUUACCUAAAAUUCCAGCAGUCAGUGUUACAACGGGAACGCGAGUAUUUGAUUAUUUUCCUAUAACGAGAAAUGCUCAAGCCCAACUAUCAGUUCUGCCUCAGAAACCGCUGUAUGAUCAUGCAUUGCCGUUGAAAAAGGCUAAAUACAACGAUGUUAUGCAGUUGGUAAAGAACUAUGUUCCACCAAAUAAACUAUAUUUCUACAGGGCCCUUAAAAGUGAAGCUGUCGGACCAACAGAUGAUAUUUCUAGCGAAGACGACGAUGAUCAAGCUGAAGUUAACCUUUAA